AUGGCUCCUCAACAGAGCAAUGACGCCCCAGACAAUACCGCACUCGCCAUCUCCCCUGCGCUCAUUGUCGGCAUCGUCAUUAUUGCCGCGUUCUUCUGUACUCUGAUCUUUGCCAGCCUGUACCGCUUUUGCGGUCGCCGCAGCAGCAACGGCUUGACAUCGGAGGCAUUUGCAGCGCGCGACACGGACACGGUCGUCGGAAUCAAUGCCGGUGGCGCGUUCUGGAACCCCAAUCGACAGAGAUCGGCUGCUCAAAUGGCACGCAUGAAGGAGGUGAGGUGGAUCAACAACAUGUACGCGUGGGAACGAGGGCGGCACGCGCGACUAGAGACUGGGGAGAUCAGGCCCACCACCAUGGUCAUGGGCAGAAAGGGAGAAAACAGAAGCUGGGAUGAGUAUACCGUGGCGGAAGACAGCUCGGGGCGAGAAGGCUCAGGACACGCGUCAGGAGAUCAUGCCGGCCCAUAUUUCUACAACGCAGAAAAUCCGUACGGAAGACUUGCAUCCCAGCAGCGGCUGAGCCACCUCGCUCCUUCCACGAACGGCGUUAGAGCUUCGUAUCUGUCUACCGGUAACGCCAGUGGACUGCUCCCACGACAUCCCUCUGCGCUCCUCCCGCCUCCGAUCAAUGAGCAGCCAGGAACGGUACUUCGAAGAAGCCCGCUCAGACACGAAUAUCAAGCUGAAGCCGCAGCCCAAGAUGCCAGUGGGUACCAAGAGGCGGCGUCCGCGCCUGGUCUAUGCAUGGUUGGCCAAGAAGCACAAGAACUGCCUACACAGCCGCGAACCCCUAAUCCCAUAAUCACUGUGAAUGAUCGGAAACAAAAUUUCCCUCGACUGUACUGCCCGGAUUACGCCGAAGACACCAACUUCGAAACGAUAUCCCUGCGCGACGAGAGCCCGAGCGGCGGUCAAGGUGGCCGAGGCAGUGGCAGUGUCGAUCCCGCGCAGCCGCCGUCCAACUUUUCCCGACCCCGAGAAGGCCACAACGUGACACCCACGCAGCGUCCAAGUGUCGUCGUCACCGACGGAGGAUCGCUCCCAAAACUUCAACUACAAUUCACGCCACUCCCACAGUCUCACUCCCAUCAGACGGUCUCGAGCAUCUAUGACGACGAUGAGGCUGUGGAUGUGAAUAAUUCAAGUCCGCAUGCAGGGAAUGGCCGUCCUGGCAUCCGGAAUCAUGCAGAAGAAGAGAGAGAGCCGCUCAAGGAAGCGCAAAGUCCCGAGGAGGAAGCGGGUGGAAGUGUCGCCAAGGACAAUGUCAAGGACAUGAUCCAGGAAUGGGAGCGGGUCAAUGGACACUUUGGCCGAGGGUGA